UGAACCGGGAGGAGCUGUUUCUGGGGUGUUGUGAAUUCGUUUAGCCAAGAAAUCUUGAGUGGGAUUUGUUAAUUUUGGUGUUACGUUUUUUUGUCCGUCUAUUCACACCGAUUUACCAACCGCAGCCAUGCCCGGGAUAGAGAAGCUGCCAAUAGAGGAGACGCUAGAGGACAGCCCUCAGACACGCUCUCUGCUGGGAGUGUUUGAGGAGGACACUGCAGCGAUGUCUAACUACUGUACACAGCUCUAUCAGGCCAUGCAGAGGAUUUAUGAUGCACAGAAUGAGCUCAGUGCUGCGACACACCUGACCUCCAGACUGCUGAAAGAGUACGACAAACAGCGCUUUCCUCUAGGGGGCGAUGACGAGGUGAUGAGCUCCACCCUGCAGCAGUUUGCAGAAGUCAUUGAUGAGUUGAGUUCCUGUCAUGCCGUCUUGUCCACCCAGCUUGCAGAUGCAAUGAUGUUUCCCAUCACUCAGUUUAAAGAGAGAGACCUGAAGGAGAUCCUCACUCUGAAAGAAGUCUUCCAAAUAUCCAGUGAUGAUCACGAUGUAGCCAUUAACAGAUACAGCCGCCUGUCUAAGAAGAGGGACAACGACAAGUUGCGGGCGGAGGCCGUGGAGGACGUUUACACCUCCCGCAAGAAACACCACCAGACCAUGAUGCACUACUUCUGCUCGUUGAACACGCUACAGUACAAGAAGAAGACGGCUCUGCUGGAGCCGCUGCUGGGCUACAUGCAGGCCCAGAUCAGUUUCUUUAAACUGGGUUCAGAAAAUCUCACCCAGCAGUGGGAGGACUUCCUGGGAACCAUAGGAACCAGUGUCCAGAACGUGCGUCGGGAGAUGGAGAAGGAGGUCGGGCAGAUGCAGGAGACCAUCCAGGAGAUGGAGACAUCAUGUGACCAACUGUACGCACCGUGUGACCCUGACCCCGCCCACUCGCCCGUCUGUCGUAACCUGACCAGGAAACAGGGCUACCUGUACAUCCGCAAUAAGACGGGGCUGGUGUCUUCAUCCUGGGAGCGUCAGUACUUCUUCACGCAGGGCGGUAAUCUGAUGCAGCAGGGCCGCGGCGAGGUGGCGGGCGGUCUGGUCACCGACCUCGACAACAGUUCCGUCAUGGCGGUCGACUGCGACGACCGGCGCUUCUGCUUCCAGGUCACUUCCUUCGAUGGCAAGAAGUUGGUGUGGCUGCAGUCGGAGAGCAGGAAGGACUGCGAGGAGUGGAUCUCCACCAUCAACAACAUCUCCAAAAGGAUCUACCUGAGUGAGAACGCAGAGGAGCUGGCAGCCAGAGUGAACCAAUCAGCUCUCGAGGCUGUGACGCCGUCGCCGUCCUUCCAGCAGAGACACGAGAGCAUGAGGCCCAGCAGUAAAGGGCGAGCGAGCAGCAUCAGCUCUGUCGGGUCCGAGCCGUCGCCCGCCCUCUCUGUGCUCUCAUUGGACGCCCUGGUUGCCCCGGACACGCCCAUCCAGUUUGACAUCAUAUCCCCCGUCAGCGAGGAGAACUCAGGACAGAGCAAGACGGCAGCACAGUCCGGCAGAAGGAGUAAUCCAUUUGGAGAGUCAGGAGACGGCACAUCAGAAGACAGUGAAGACUCGAUCCUCCACCAGCUCUUCAUCGUUCGCUUCCUGGGCUCCAUGGAGGUGAGGACCGCCGAGUCAGCGGAAGUCAUCCCUGAGACCAUGAGGCAGAUCCUGGCAGCCAGAGCCAUCCACAACAUCUUCAGGAUGACAGAGUCGCACCUGCUGGUCACCUGCGACUGCCUCAAACUCAUUGAUCCUCAGACACAAGUCACUCGACUCAGGUUCCCUCUCAUCAGCGUGGUUCGGUGUUCGUCCCAUCAGGACAACAAGAGGCUGUUUGGGUUCGUCCUGCAGUCGGCGGACGGGCCGGCUGACAGCCGAGCCGUCGGCUACAUCUUCGAGUCCAACAACGACGGAGAGAAGAUCUGCGACAGCGUCGGCCUAGCCAAGCAGAUAGCCUUCCACUCCGAGAUGGACCGGAAGGCCGUGGAGAAGAGGAAGGAGCACGACAAGGCUAAAGAGAAACAGCAGGAGGAGCUCAGCAAACAGAAGCAGAUAGAGAAGGAUCUGGAGGAGCAGAGCCGCUUGAUCGCCGCCUCGAGUCGCCCCCCCAACCAACCCGCUGCCGACGGACAAUUCCUGGUGCUCAGCAACAGCCAAUCGGAGGACAGCGAUGCCGGGGAGGAGGGCAAGAAGAACGGCGAGUCUGAAGCCUGACGAAGCCAUGUUUUACCAGCUCAGGAGUCAGAGGAUGGGGAACAACAAACGCCCGCCCGGGCUGCCUGCGACUGAAAAACAUGCGCUCCUUCUCUGGCUGGAGGAUAAACUAAAGGCACCCUCACUAUAAGAGGAGGAGGAGGAAGAAGAAAAAGAGGAGGGCAGUAUGAGUGGAAAUGUCUCGUCAGACUUUUGUUUUUAUUCUGUGUGUAAAAAAAAAAAAGAAACGCUUUUUAUACCGGCUCUCCAGAAAAGGACGCACGUAUAGAUUUAACCUGCAAGUUACUGUUUGUUUAAUGUAUAGAAAAAGUUAAAGCAAUGACGGAGGAGUUAAAGAGCAACAUGUGCAGAUUAAUGAGCGAGGAUCAGACGGAGACAAACGUCAGAGUGAGACAGUUCGGAGGUGAAGGUUUCCCCGAGAUUACAGAACAAAAAGACGAAGGCCGAAGAGGCGAGUCUUAUUUUGAAGAGUACUUCCUGUUCUUCCUGACCAUUUAAAAAAAGAAGCAUCCUGCAGUGUUGCAUUCCUUUAAAAAGCAUCUUUCCCUCCAGACAGUCACUGGUUUUCACUCGUUCUUGUAAAAUCUUUAAACGAGACGUCGAUCAAUCUGAACAGAAAAUAUAUCUGCAGCUAUUUUAAAUGAUCGAUCAGUCGUGGUUCCAGCUUCUUAAGUGAGAAUCUGUGCGUACUUUUGACUGUUUCAGUAAGUUAAUCAUCAUCAUGACCACAUCAGAGUGAUGAAGCGUGAAAUCUCCGUUCAUCAGGGAUCAACACUCUGAGUCUCUGACAGCUGAUUUUCAUAGUUCAUCAAUAGUUUAUUAAGAAGAACCGAAGGCAGCGGGUCAAUUACACAUAUCAUCCGGUCAGGAUCUGGUGGAUUUGCAGGUUAAAAAUGAUUUAUAUUCCAUGUAAAACAAAAUAAAACAUAGAAAAUGUUCAGAUCCACAAAGCGUGCUCGUGUCAAACUAAAUAUCUUAAAGUUAAAACACUCAAAGAUUUACAAUUGAUUAACACACUUACUGUUUGUUGUUACAGUUGUUUAUUGAAGACAAAAUUAUCGGUUCUUUUAAAAACAAAUAUAUGAACCACUGAAAUAUCCAGCAGCAUUCAGCAUAUCAUAGUGGAUCAAAUCCUCCAAAGCAAAUCAUAACUUUAUGUCUCAGAAUUCACCUUUUCUGUGUUUGUUGGGGGAAUUGUCGGAAAUUCGUUUUGUCCAGCGUCCCGCGUGCGUGCGUGCGUGCGUGCGUGCGUGCGUGCGUGCGUGCGUGUCGGGACGAAGCCAACAUGGCCGCCACAGGAAACCUGGAUGUUGUGAAACCACAGAAUUGAAAAAAUCUGAUAAUGAAAAUUUUUUCAUAUUAAGAUUAUUUUUCUUUUCACAUAUCUGUAAGUUCUGCCUCCGACAAAAUGAAUAGACGCAUGAAAGUAUUGCUCAUUAAUAAUAAUAAUCUUGUAUUAUAUCAUAUCGUUAAGAUAAACAACAAAAGCACAAAUCUGAUCAAAUGACCUCACUUCGGCCUUAUUUGUCGACAGUUCUCUAUUUUAAAAACUGAAACAAGACUUUUCUGAUUCGCUGGUUGAAGAAAAUUAACAUUUUUAACACUUAACCAAAUAAUCAGCGUGUUUCUCCUGAAUAUUUAUCUGUGCUUUUACAAAAGAAAAAGUUUGUGUCAUUUGUUUGGGAUUGCUUUCUGUUCACAGAUUUUAUUCAUUAAUCUUGUAUCAGGGGUCAGAGGUCACAGCCUCCUGUGGUGGACGAUGAAGAGGAUGUUUCUGAAAAGCCUAAAUCAACAUUUACUGAUGACGUUUAUUUUGGGAGGAUGUGUUCUCGCUGUAAACAGGUGAAGACCUCGUGUUGAAGAAGCUGCACUUUACUGACGCAGGAAUAAACGGGAACGAUGUUGAACUGUAAAUAUGAUUCAGUGAUAAUUGUUUGUGUCACAAAUGAUAACUAAAAAAAGGCUUUUCAGUGAUAAAUAAAAAGCACUAACUCCA